UCUUAGCUUAUAUCACGUCACCACGAGACUAAACGCAAAUUAGAACUUCUUUACCCUUUCGAGAAAAAAGAAAAGAAAAAAGAACUUGUUUUCCUCUUCAGCAAGACACAUAAAUCGUAAUCCAUUUUCUCUCAACUUUAGGAAUCUCAAAUCUCCGAUUUGGAAAUCCGGCGACAAUGGUGAGAGAUAUUGAAGAUGAGAUUAGAGACGAGAAGAAUCCUCGUCCUCUUGAUGAAGAUGAUAUCGCUCUCCUCAAGACUUAUGGGUUAGGGCCUUACUCUGCACCUAUCAAGAAAGUGGAGAAAGAAAUUAAGGAUCUCGCCAAGAAGAUCAACGAUCUAUGUGGUAUCAAGGAGUCUGAUACUGGUUUAGCUCCUCCCAGUCAAUGGGAUCUUGUAUCUGAUAAGCAAAUGAUGCAAGAAGAGCAACCUCUGCAGGUUGCGAGAUGCACAAAGAUUAUAAGUCCAAACACUGAAGACGCCAAAUACGUCAUAAAUGUCAAACAAAUUGCUAAGUUUGUUGUUGGACUUGGCGAUAAAGUUUCUCCCACUGAUAUUGAGGAAGGCAUGCGUGUUGGAGUUGAUCGGAAUAAAUAUCAGAUUCAGAUUCCUCUACCUCCCAAAAUCGAUCCUAGCGUGACCAUGAUGACUGUCGAAGAGAAACCUGAUGUAACUUACAAUGAUGUUGGUGGAUGCAAGGAGCAGAUUGAGAAGAUGCGAGAGGUUGUUGAACUGCCAAUGCUUCAUCCAGAGAAAUUUGUGAAGCUUGGAAUAGAUCCUCCCAAGGGUGUUCUCUGCUACGGACCUCCUGGUACUGGUAAAACUCUUCUGGCUAGAGCUGUGGCCAACAGAACCGAUGCUUGCUUUAUCAGGGUUAUUGGAAGUGAGCUUGUUCAGAAGUAUGUUGGUGAAGGAGCUAGGAUGGUUCGUGAACUGUUUCAGAUGGCACGGUCCAAGAAAGCCUGCAUUGUGUUCUUUGACGAAGUUGAUGCCAUUGGUGGUGCAAGAUUUGAUGAUGGUGUUGGUGGUGAUAACGAAGUCCAACGUACUAUGCUUGAGAUUGUGAAUCAGCUUGAUGGGUUUGACGCACGUGGUAACAUCAAGGUUCUUAUGGCAACAAACAGGCCUGACACACUAGACCCAGCUCUUUUACGUCCUGGACGUCUUGACCGUAAGGUUGAGUUUGGUCUACCUGACCUGGAGAGCAGAACACAGAUCUUCAAGAUUCACACAAGAACCAUGAACUGCGAAAGAGACAUCCGUUUCGAACUCCUUGCUCGCCUCUGCCCAAACUCAACGGGAGCUGAUAUUCGAAGUGUAUGCACUGAAGCAGGAAUGUACGCAAUCAGAGCUAGGAGAAAGACUGUGACUGAGAAAGACUUUCUAGACGCAGUGAACAAAGUCAUUAAAGGUUACCAAAAGUUCAGUGCCACUCCCAAGUAUAUGGUCUACAAUUAGAGAGAUUGAGACAGAUAGAAGAACUCCGAAAUAAAACUCCGAAACACUCUUUGUUCUUUGUUUGUGUCUCUUCCCUUCAAGCUCUUUUGUAGUACUUGUUUCACAACUUAUUCCAGUAACUCGGGUUUAUCUUCUUCAAUGUCUACUACUUUUGGAUUCAUAAAUUCUUUGUUAAGUUUUUUUUUUUUUGUGAAUUCACGUCUUUUGAAAUUGAUAACAAGUUGAUGAUCAAGAAUUGAACCAAGCCCAAAUAGAACCAAUGUAGAAGAUUACAAGAAAGAAUUUUGUUCAUGUAAAGGAUCUAGAAGCUACACCUUUGGAACAUACAAUUACAAUAAAACAAUGGGAUUAUACAAUGUAUGAGGUUGCUUUUUUCUAUCUUCCAAUUGUCUAUGAUUAACAUCCGACGGAGCAAAGUGUUUGUCUUUUCUCUUGGUAGAGGCAUUUACAUGUAAUCACUGGUCGUGUCGGCACUACCAGCACGUUGCGAUGGAUCAACUCCGACAGUUCUCUUGCUCAUGUUAGCU